GAUUUAUUGAUUUACUGUGAACACGUUGAAAGCCAGUUACGACACGAAAAUGCUCGCCUCUCUGGGGAGCUCACAGACGCUCAGUUGGAUCUCGACGACGCUCGACGCUCGAGAAGAGAUCUGCAGACCAAGUUGAAUGAGGCUCAGCAACGCAUGGGCCAAUACUGCGUUGAUGUGGAAUCUAUGAGGGUAUGCAGUUGUUGAGUCUGCUGCCUCCUGCUAAUGUCUGCAGAAUCGAAAUCCUUAUGUUAUGGUCUUGAUUGAUGGAGAUGGCAUGAUCUUCAACGAAGCUCUCAUUCGUCUUGGUAUCGAAGGAGGAAAGCAAGCAGCGACACAACUUCGAAAUACCAUCCUCGAGAAUUGUCCUGAUGCCACCGAUCAACUCGAAAUAAUGGCAAAAGUUUGCGCGAAUAUUACCGGUCUGUCGAAAGCUAUGUGUCGAGAUGGUUCUCUUAAUAGUCCAGACGAGUUGAGGGAUUUUACAUUAGGAUUUACACAAGGGAAAGCUUCUUUUGAUUUUGUCGAUGUCGGACAUGGAAAAGAGAGAGCAGAUUCGAAAAUCAAGGAAUGCAUGCGAUGGCACCUCCGAAAUCACAACUGCAAACAAAUCCUCCUCGGUAUUUCUCACGAUGCUGGUUAUGCUCCCUUCCUCGACGAAGUCGUUACUCCCGAAGAUCGAAGCCGAAUCACCAUUUUGGAAGGGCCACCAGCAGUCCGCGAACUCCAAUCAACCGGUCUACAAAUCUUAAAUUUCACAAACAUAUUUCGUGCAGAGAAGCUGAUCGAUCGUACCUUCGUCUCGGCUCCAACACCUCCAAAUACAUGGGCUGGCGUAACAUCCAUCCUUCCUGCAGCUCCAAUUCCGUCCCCAAUUGCGUCCCCGGCGGCUAGAAAUGGAGCACCUGCACCAAAAGCAUCUCCAAUCCAACCUCCACCUGUCGCAAAGCCUGCAUGGACACCCUCACCCCGUGGUCUCGAUCCACCCAUAACCGUCAACGCCGCAGUCUUAGACAAGAUCAAACGCCGCACAACCAGUAACAAACUCUGCAACAAUCAUUAUCUCCGUGGACCUUGCGCUAAAGGCGACGAAUGCUGCUUUGAACACAAGUACAAACCUACGGAAGAAGAUCUCAAAGCCAUCGCUUACCUGACACGCCUGAAUCCUUGUCUCAAUGGCCAGGACUGCGAGUUGGAAUUUUGUAUUUACGGGCACCAUUGUCCGAGUGUUAGUUUAGGAGCAGGCGGGAAGGAGCCUUUCUGUACUGCAUUUGGAUGUAGGUUUGCGAAGGAGGAUCAUCCGCCAGGGACGAUCAUCAAGCAUCCGAGGAAGGAGAGGGACUAUGAGCGGUAUUGAAUAAGCUAUUGGAACCAUUGCGAAUUGAUUUGAAUAUUUAUAACUUGAACAGGAGGGGAUAUUUACGAAAAUUGAU